AUGUAUGUUUAUACUUUAUUUGCAGUUAUUCAACUUGUGAAUUUCUUUGAUAAUGCAUGUGAUGUUCCUAUGUUGAAUGGUGAUAACUAUAAGAUUUGGAAAGAGAACGUUCUUCUUCAAUUAGAGUGUAUGGAAAUUGAUUAUGCCAUUAGGAAGGAUGAACCAAUUGCACCUACAAAAACUAGCACUCAGGCUAAAGUUGCAUUAUAUGAACAAUGGGAGCGAUCUAAUCGCUUAAGUAUGAUGUUCCUUAGGAGACGUAUAUCUGUUAGUAUUCGUGGUUCAAUCCUUGAGUGUAACAAUGCCAAACAAUUACUGAAGGCUAUUGAUGAACAAUUUGAGUCUUCAGAUAAAGCUUAUGUCAGCACUCUUAUGAUAAAGUUAUCAUCAAUAAAGAUUACCAGUGUUAGAGGUGUGCGUAAGCACCUUAUGUAG